CAGACGCUCAGGUGUGCGCAGGCGCAGACGGCCGUGGCGCGGGGGCGGGACGGGCGAGAGCAGAGCGCGCCGGUUCGUGUGCUGAGGGGCCCCUGGCGGCGUGUGGACGCUUCUUUCGAUUUCCCUUCCUUUCUCCUGGCUUCUCAGUGUGAUUUUCUUGGUGAGUGUUUAGAGGAGAAAGAAAGGGAAAGAGAGCCCGGGCCCGCUACCCUCGCGUGCUUCUGCUUCGCCUCGUCCUUCCCCCGCACGCUCGGGCGUGAGAGCCCUGUGUGUGCGGUUCCGCCGAGGCCCUCAGCCCCGGUCCGGCCUCGCCCGCUUCCCCGCCCGGCCGACCAGGAGAAGCCGUUCCGUGGGCCUUGGAUUUUUGCCCGUUUCGGGGGAGGUGCUUCCAAGAAGUGGUUUUCUUCCGUUUUGAACUGUUUGACUUUUCCUUCGUUCUGGGCGCACACGUGACUGCUGGAACUCAUUUAUUAGCCUAGAAGAUACUUUGGUAAUGUGAGGGGGAGGCCCACUGCCCCUGGAAGUAGAGCGGGUCACGGAUUUCCAGUUUUUGCGAGAUUGGGUUUGCUUCAGCAUCAACAGACUUCAUGGAGAUUGGUUCCUGCAUGUCUUGUUUACAAGUCACUAGAGUUAGGCACAGCCUGUACAACCUGAAAAGUCAAAUAAGGACAUGAAUUCCAUCUUUUGACAGUUCUAAGUUUACUUGGCUAAAGCCAAUUCUUAGGUUGGCUUGGCAGAAAAGUGAAAAGAGGAUGCUCCACUUUAACCGAUGUCGGCAUCUGAAACAGAUAGCACAGAAAUGUUUUUCUAGUACACAUGUUAAAGCGGAUAAACAUGCACAACUAUUUCUUUCAAGAAGCUUUGUACUCGCAGAAUUAAGGAAGUCAUGGCUUUCAACCCACUCUCUUGUUGGAGACAAAAAUAUUAUCCUGAUGGGACCUCCUGGUGCUGGGAAAACAACAGUAGGCAGAAUACUAAGUCAGAAACUAGGCUGUUGUGUCAUAGAUGUGGAUGAUGAUAUCCUUGAAAAAGCCUGGAAUAUGAGUGUGUCUGAAAAAUUACAGGAUGUUGGUGAUGAACAGUUUUUAGAAGAGGAAGGAAAAGCUGUGUUAAACAUCUCUGCAUCUGGAAGUGUGAUUGCCCUUACUGGGUCUAAUCCCCUGCACGAGGCUAGCAUGCGGCAUCUGAGGAAAAAUGGAAUAAUUGUAUACUUGGAUGUACCUGUAGUAGAUAUAAUUAAUCGUCUAAAAUUAAUGAAGAUAGAUAGGAUUGUAGGUUACAAUUAUGAAACACCUAUAACAGACCUACUUAAAUUUAGAAGGCAGUAUUAUAAGAAAUGGUAUGAUACUCGAGUUUUGUGUGACAGUGGGGCUUCCCCAGAGGAAGUAGCUGACAAAGUGCUGAGUGCAGUUCAAAGAUACCAAGAUGUUGACUCGGAAACAUUCAUUUCCACAAGGCACUUUCGUUCUAAAGACCACGAACAGAAAGUUUCAACAAAAUUCUUCAGUGAUGCUGUGAUUGAGGGCUUAGCUUCUGAUGGUGGACUCUUUGUUCCUGAGAAGGAGUUCCCAAAAUUAAACUCCUGGGAGUGGAAAAGCCUCGUAGGAGCAACCUACCCAGAAAGGGCACAAAUACUGUUGGAAAGGUGUAUACAUCCUGCAGACAUACCUGCAGCCAGAUUGGGAGAAAUGAUUGAAAAUGCUUAUGGGGAAAACUUUGCCUGUUCAAAAAUUGCCCCCGUCAGACACCUUUCAGGCAACCAGUUCAUCCUGGAGUUGUUUCAUGGACCAACAGGAUCAUUUAAAGAUUUGUCUUUACAGCUUAUGCCUCAUAUUUUUGCACACUGUAUUCCACCAAGUUGUAAUUAUGUGAUACUUGCAGCUACUUCCGGAGACACAGGGAGUGCAGUCUUAAAUGGUUUUAGUCGCCUUAAUAAGAAUGAGAAGCAGAGAAUAGCUGUGGUCACAUUUUUUCCUGAGAACGGAGUAAGUGAUUUUCAGAAAGCACAAAUAGUUGGUAGUCAGAAAGAAAAUGGACGGGCAGUGGGUGUCUCAUCAGAUUUUGAUUUUUGCCAGACAGCUAUAAAAGGAAUGUUCAGUGAUUCUGAGUUUACUGGCUUUCUUACUGUGGAAUAUGGAACAAUCCUAAGUUCAGCUAAUUCCAUAAACUGGGGCCGACUGCUUCCCCAGGUAGUAUAUCAUGCUUCUGCAUAUCUUGAUCUUGUUAGCCAAGGAUUUAUAUCUUUUGGAAGCCCAGUAGAUGUCUGUAUUCCCACAGGAAACUUUGGCAACAUACUGGCAGCAGUGUAUGCCAAAAUGAUGGGAAUCCCUAUUCGAAAAUUUAUUUGUGCCUCUAAUCAGAACCAUGUUUUGACAGAUUUUAUAAAAACAGGACAUUAUGACCUGCGGGAAAGAAAAUUAACACAGACCUUUUCACCAUCAAUAGAUAUUCUCAAGUCUUCCAACUUGGAGCGACAAUUACAUUUGGUGGCUAAUAAAGAUGGGGAAUUAAUGACAAAACUCUUUAAUCAGUUAGAAAAUCAGCAUCACUUCCAAAUAGAAAAGAUUCUGGUUGAGAAACUUCAGCAGGAUUUUGUAGCUGACUGGUGCUCUGAGGGAGAGUGCCUAGAAGCUAUUAACUCUACCUAUAAUACUUCAGGAUAUAUUUUGGAUCCACACACUGCUGUUGCAAAAGUGGUUGCAGACAGAAUGCAAGAUAAAACUUGCCCAGUGAUUGUCUCAUCUACAGCUCAUUACUCAAAGUUUGCACCUGCUAUCAUGCGGGCUUUAAAGAUUAAAGAAAUCAACCAAAGUUCAUCAAGUCAGCUUUAUUUACUGGGAUCAUAUAAUGCAUUACCUCCGCUACAUGAAGCUUUACUGGAGAGAACAAAACAGCAAGAGAAGAUGGAAUACCAAGUUUGUGCAGCUGAUACGAAUGUACUCAAGAGACAUGUGGAAAAAAUAAUCCAAAAUCAAUUCAUUGGAAAGUUUUCUGGGUAGAAUAUUUUUCUCCUGGUAAUAAGCAUGCAAUAAUAAAUCUCAGAAGUUGAUUUGGAGUACAAAAGCAUUUCGGUUUGGUUUUUUUUUUUACAUGUUUAUAUUAUGACUGUUAACUUUUGAAAAUUCAACAGCCUUAUCUCAGGUUGAUCAUUAUUUCUGCAUUGUAUCUUUCUAGGUCCUUAAUCUAGAAGUGACAAAUGUUAGCACAGUGCAUGAGACGGUUGCUGUCAUGGUUUAUGCUUAUAAGAAGUUUUUCCUCCCUCACCCCCACUUGUAAGAGCACUAAAAUGUCUGGUAUUUAAUUUGGUAAUUAAAAUUAUUUAAGCACAGUUGUUAAGUACUGCAUCAGGAA